GAUCUGCCGUGGAGGAUGAGCACCUCUUCUUCCUUCUCCAGGUCACUGUCGGAGGAGAGGCCCGUUGCUGCCCUGUGGGGCUGCCAGCUGAACGCGGGCACCCGGACCUGUGUGGUGAAGGAGGACGAUGACUUAUUGGAGCAUCUGGUCCUGCUGAAAACAAUCUGCCUGGGGGCUGAGGCCAGGGAUGAGCUGCACGUGGUGGCCGUUGAUUCGAAAAACACCUACGGAGACCACAAGCCGGUGCCCAUCGCGGCACUGCGGACCUCGGUGCUCCCCAUGAUCAGCCUCAAAGGUCUGGAGCUGGUCCCUCCCGUCACCUUCAUGCUCAAGUGUGGAGCUGGACCGGUCUACCUUAGCGGGCAGCACAUCACCCUGGAAGAUGAUGCCAAGUACGAAGCCCACAAGGAAGAGUUCUCAAAGGAAGACACAGGUGAUGAGGAUGAUGCUAGAGCAUCAUAG